UCGCCCAUCUCCCAGAAACCCAGCCCUGUCUCCCUAUGGAAGCCGCAACUUGUAAUGGAUCAAUGGACGGCUCAGCUAUCUUCUACUUGGUGGGCAUCCCCUCUCUGCCAGAGUCCUUCUUCCUCCCUGUGUUUUUUAUUUUCCUCCUCUUCUACCUUCUCAUCCUUACGGGUAAUGCCCUGAUUCUGGUGGCUGUGGUGGCAGAGCCCAGCCUCCACAAGCCCAUGUACUUCUUCCUGAUCAACCUCUCUGCACUGGACAUCCUUUUCACCACGACCACCGUCCCCAAAAUGCUGUCCCUAUUCUUGCUUGGGGACCACUUCCUCAGUUUUUCUUCCUGCUUAUUGCAGAUGUACCUCUUCCAAAGCUUUACAUGCACAGAAGCCUUCAUCCUGGUGGUCAUGGCCUAUGACCGCUACAUGGCUAUCUGCCGCCCACUGCACUACCCUGUCCUCAUGACCCCACAGACCAAUGCUACCCUGGCAACCAGCGCCUGGCUCACUGCCCUCCUCCUGCCCAUCCCAGCAGUGGUGCAGACCUCCCAGAUGGUAUUUGGUCCUGUGGCCCAGGUCUACCACUGCUUCUGUGACCAUUUGGCUCUGGUCCAGGCCUCCUGCUCCGACACCACCCCCCAGACCCUCAUGGGCUUCAGCAUUGCCAUGGUGGUGUCCUUCCUCCCCCUUCUCCUGGUGCUUCUCUCCUAUGCCCACAUCCUGGCCUCGGUGCUUCGCAUCAACUCCCGAGAAGGGCGCUCCAAAGCCUUCUCCACCUGCAGCUCCCACCUCCUGGUGGUGGCCACCUACUACUCAUCCAUUGCCAUAGCCUACGUGGCCUAUAGGGCUGACCUGCCCCUCGACUUCCACAUCAUGGGCAAUGUGGUAUACUCUAUCCUCACACCAAUCCUCAACCCUCUCAUCUACACACUGAGAAACAAAGAUGUCAAAGCAGCCAUUACCAAAAUCACAGGUCUCAAGGCCCAGGUUUUGACAUACAUUUGACCUUUAAAUGCAGCUAACUCAGAUCUCAGAAC